CUGUCCAGUCGCACACAUCAUGUUUUUUGUUUGUUAGAAAUUCUUUUAUUUUGUUGUUUUCUUAUCAAAAUUUUUCGUUUUCGUUUCAACACUCCUCCGGCAAAAGACACCCAAAAUUCAAUGUUUAGCUAAGCAAAAGGACAAACUAGGAAGCUCGCUCUUGCAGUGCAGUGUUAAGAAGGUGACUUUUAUGAAUUAUGUGACAGCAGCAGUACGAAAGACUGGGCCCAGCGCACGACAUUAGGAAUCCUUUCGAGCGCACUCGAACCCACUCCAGGAUGGCCAUACAUGAGCAGAUCGACAACCUGAACAUCUGGUGGUUUCCGCGCGACUUUUGCCAGUCACGUUUCGGAGAGUUUCAGCAGAGUGGCACCAAUUCGUGCACUCUGAUAUCGCUAAUCCUGGCGGAUAAGGUGGCAAAGGCGGAGAGGUUCUAUCAUCGUGUGGGCGAGUUGCCGUCCCGUGGCUGGGAGCUAUUUGGAAAUGCAAUGAACGAUGGCAACAAUGUCUAUCACAAUGUUAUAACAGCUCAUACGCCUUUAUCGCGCAAUCUAAAUCUUAAUAUACCAGACGCAAUAUCGGCGAUUCGUUCACAGCACAAGAUGAACUUUCGGCUGGAGGAGUGGUUUUACACGCACAUGGAGGCCGAUCCCAGUAAUCCCAUGUACAAUCGCAACGUUGCCAUGCAGCUAUCUCGCAUCUUUCAGAUCACCUUGCAGGUGUUCCAGCAAGCGGGCGGCUCCGGCGGUCGCGAGAUGCCAUUGCAUCUAUUUGCCGCCAUCAUAGCGGACAGUCGAACGGUGAUGAUGACCUUUGAUUUUCGCGCCUCAAUUGUCGCCCUGUUUGACUCCCACCAGCACGGCCGGGAUGCGGGCGCUGUGUUUGCCCAGUGCACGAUAACAAACAUGGACGAUUUGCUAUUCUGGUUCAUCAGUAUGCUCCACAAUGUCUACUCUAGCCGACCCGCCCUCUUUGAGAUCUCGUUCCUGAGCUCACAGCCGGGCGUGGCAAAGCGCAUACCGCCUGCCAUCAAGAAAAUUGCGAAUGAGAUUAAAAAGCCAACAAAGUCACAUUAACCAUUGCCGCCAACAGUUCAUAUAUAUCAUAAAUAUUUAUAUCAAUAUAUAUGUAUAAUAUAUAUGAUAUAAUCUACAAAUUCAAGCCAGACACAUGCAUUAGAGAUAGAGUUAGCCAAGUUUGCUGGAAUUCUUGGGUAUAAGAGUUGAAGUUGAAGGUCAUAGGUUCGAAAAAAA